AAAUAACUAUGAUUGUGAUUAUUUAUGCAAUAAACUUGACAUUUGAAGGAGACUUGGAUGCGAUAUGAUCUUUCUUUAGGAGCAAACUUGUCUUACCACUUGCUCCGAGUGGAAUUUCACCAGUACGGAACAAGUCCUGGUGACAACAACAACAACAACGACGACAGAAUAAUAGAAAACAAAAACAGAAUCUCAAAAAUAUUUUUGGUCCAGAAAAAUGGCGACGAAAUUUCCCGUGGAGGAGUUUGUCCUGCCCUCCGUCGACAUUGAGGACAUUUGUAAAGCUUUGAACGAGAAUCUCAAAGCCUACUUUCAAAAUGUGGAUGUUAACGUCGUAGAUUGUCCCAAUCUUGCUGAACCACCGUACAAUCUGGCCACGAAUGGAAUUGGUGGAUAUUGCGUCAUUGCUGACAUUGGUGGCGUCCCGUAUCUCAUCCCACUCGUGCAGAGGGACAAAGUGUACGACCUGCGGACCUUGAUUCCCGAAUGUGUGGGCGCAGAUAAGUUUCCGGAAGGAUGGUACAUUUCCGGUGCGGGGGCGGGACCCUUCAAGUCUCAAGGGUCGAACUGCGAGCUCAUCGUCAACAUGUACCUCUCUCCUGAUGAUAAAGUCGUCAAUAGGUCGAAAGUGGCGUUAACCUCGUCCCAGAACGAGACAGAUUUGACCGUUAAGACUUUGUCCGAUACUGAAACGGACAGCAGCCUCUUGGUCAACGUGCUCGUGUCCAGUGGGGCAGGAAAGGUUUUGGACAUCAAAGUCUCCCACAAACUCGACCCUGCCACCAAUUUCACCACGAUUUUGCGUGACUGUCUCAACAAGAAGUUUACAGCCUCGACCCCCGUCGGACUUGGAGGGCUGUUCACUGUGGACCGUGCCCCCACCAAGAUUCACGUCAUGCGAGACUUUUCCACGAAACCACUCCUCACGGAUAACGAUGUCGAGGAGUGGCUCAAGUUCUUCCGGGUAGAACCGCCCUUCAUGUCCCAGUCGAUCCUGGUUUCGACCGACCCCGGUCUCGACCUCCGCGUGGAGCACUCUCACGGGUGGACCACCCACUCCGGACCUGCCCAAGCUGGCCACUACCACUACGAUACGGCCCCACAGGACGUCCAAUACCACGGAAUUUAUGCCGUUGCUUCAAAAAUUGUGAGAAUCGAUCGCCCCAAAGAAACUCAUAACAUUGGGAGAGACUAAAAUUGCCAUAUUACACAACUUGUAUGUGGUGAUUUUCUCCAUUUAUUAUUUCAAAACAAUGUCGUAAUAAAAUUUACAUCUUUUAAUCGUAUUUACUUGCUAAAUAUGUAAAUCUCAAUUAUUAGAGAAAAGUUGUAAUAAAUAAUAGGUCAAAUCUUAUAAUUAUCAUUAUCCUUA